AUGGUUGUUGAUAGCUAUAGGUCUGCUUGGAAAGAAACUGGAUGUACUCUCAUGGCUGAUGGUUGGACAGAUCAAAGGCAAAGAACAUUGAUUAAUUUUUUGGUUUAUUGUUCGAAAGGGUUGUGCUUUGUGAAAUCUGUAGAUGCCUCAAGUAUGGUUAAAAAUGCUUCUAGCUUGUGUGACUUGUUUUCAGAGGUGAUUGAAUGGAUUGGACCUGAUAAUGUUGUUCAUGUAGUGACCGAUAAUGCUGCGAAUUAUGUUGCUGCUGGUAGGCUUAUUAAUAAGAAAUUUGAAAAUAUUCACUGGUCACCUUGUGCUGCUCAUUGCUUGAAUCUUAUUCUAAAAGAUAUAAGCAGCAUGCUACAUAUUUCUAGCCUUGCAACACGUGCUUCGAAGAUUACCGUGUUUGUAUAUAAUCAUACAGUGUUCUUGUCCUGGCUAAGACAAAAAGAGGAUUGGAGGGAGAUUGUUCGUCCUGGUGCAACUCGUUUUGCCACUGUCUUCCUCACAUUGAUGAGUAUCUUUGAGCGCAAAUCGGAAUUACAACAAUUGGUUGUUGAUACACACUUUACCGGACACAAAUUAGGAAGGAGUGCUAAUGGGAGAGCUGUGAGUGCAAUUAUCCUAGACAAUAAAUUUUGGGAUGAUUGUUUUACUGUAUGCCAAAUUGUGAGUCCGUUGAUUAAAUUGCUGAGGUUGGUAGAUGCCGAUGAUAAACCAUCAUUGGGAAUUGUUUAUGAAGGUAUGCUGAGGUCAGAAAAUGGAAUCAAAGAAAUGUUCAAGCAUAGGAAGAGUGCAUAUCAACCUUACACAGAGAUUAUCAACUCAAGAUGGGACAAACAUUUGAAAAAAAAUCUUCACGCAGCAGCCUAUUUCUUGAAUCCUGAUUGCUUUUUUUCUGAAAAUUAUAGAGAAUCACCUGAUGUCAUGCGAGCUUUACUUGAUCUUGUUACAUUGCAUUGCAAGGUUAAUAAUUUAGAUUCAGUUGAGGCAAUGAAAGAAAUACACUUAUAUAGAGAUCGAAAGGAAAGCUUUGAUAGGCCUGAAGCUGUUCCAGCUGCAAAAAAACUUCAACCUGAUGAAUGGUGGAGGUUAUUUGGUAGUUCUGCUCCAUGUUUACAAAAAAUGGCAGUUCGCAUUCUUAGCCAAGCAUCUGCUUCUUCAGAGUGUGAAAGGAAUUGGAGUCUUUUUGAUCAAAUUCAUACAGCAAGAAGGAAUAGAUUGGAGCAUGAUAGGCUAAGUGAUAUUGUGUAUGUUACAUAUAAUUUGCGUCUUAAAUCCAGGUAA